UAGGAUAACGCAGAGGUUGCCAGAAACUUCGCCUAUCGAUAUUUACGUGAAAGGGUAGGCCUAAAUUUUCAACUAUCUCCGUCCACCUAAGCAUGACCUGCUUUCUAUGUUUGAAACAAACAACUACAGAAAGAUUUAUGGAUAUUUUCAUGUAUUUUUGGCCUUUUGAUAAAGGCAUUCAGUUAAUAAGGCAACUAAGCAUCAGCUUAUUUCUUUUUUGUGCAGUGAAUAUCUGCGUUUCUUUGUGAUUUAAAAGAAGAAGAAACAUGGCUUCCAAUGCAACGGCAGCGUCAUGUCCCAAACCCAUGAAGCCUACAUCCAAUGGGAUCUUCCAGGGGGAUAAUCCGCUUGAUUAUGCACUGCCUCUUGCCAUCAUACAGAUUAUCCUUGUGAUUGUGCUCACUCGUAUUCUUGCUUUGCUUCUAAAACCAUUGCGACAACCGCGUGUCAUCGCUGAGAUUAUUGGAGGCAUACUGCUUGGGCCAUCAGCUCUGGGUCGGAACACACACUAUCUGAAUAGUAUUUUCCCGGCAAGAAGCCUCACAGUGUUAGAUACUUUAGCCAAUCUUGGUCUCCUUUUCUUUCUGUUCCUUGUUGGCCUUGAGUUAGACCUAAAGGCCCUUCGUCAGACAGGAAAGAAGGCUUUAAUGAUAGCUGUUGCAGGGAUUAGCUUUCCCUUUGUUUUAGGAAUCGGAGUAUCAUUUGUUCUUCGGAAAACUAUCUCUGGAGGUGUUAAAGAAGCUCCAUUCCUUGUCUUCAUGGGGGUGGCCCUUUCUAUCACUGCUUUCCCUGUCUUGGCUCGUAUUUUGGCAGAACUCAAGCUUUUAACUACUGAUGUUGGUCGCAUGGCAAUGUCGGCAGCAGCCGUAAAUGAUGUUGCAGCAUGGAUUUUACUUGCUCUUGCCAUUGCUCUCUCUGGAACCGGACAUUCACCUCUCACAUCUUUAUGGGUGCUUUUGUCUGGGGUUGGAUUUAUUAUCUGUUGCAUAGCCAUUAUCCCUUUCGUCUUUAAAUGGAUGGCGCACCGUUGUCCUCAGGGUGAGCCAGUAAAUGAAAUGUAUGUGUGUGCUACAUUAGCCACUGUUUUGGCAGCAGGUUUAUGCACUGAUUGUAUUGGAAUUCAUGCCCUUUUUGGUGCAUUUGUGAUUGGUAUUCUUAUCCCAAAAGAGGGACCAUUUGCUGGUGCCCUUGUUGAAAAAGUUGAAGAUCUUGUAUCUGGUCUCUUCCUUCCCUUGUAUUUUGUCUCUAGCGGAUUGAAGACUAAUGUAGCUACAAUUCAUGGAGCUCAAUCAUGGGGUUUAUUGGUUUUAGUCAUAAGCACAGCAUGUUUUGGGAAGAUAGUUGGAACCCUAGUGGUCUCUCUCUUAUGUCGCAUCCCUAUCCGUGAAGCUGUAACUUUGGGGUUCUUGAUGAAUACUAAAGGGUUGGUGGAGCUCAUUGUCCUCAACAUAGGUAAAGAUCGAAAGGUGCUGAACGAUGAAACCUUUGCUGUCUGUGUUCUAAUGGCUAUCUUCACAACCUUCAUCACAACACCUAUAGUUGUAACAGUAUAUAAACCUGGUAAACGAGCGAUUAGACCUGAUUAUAAGCACAGAACAAUUGAGAGAAAAGAUCCAGAUUCUGAGCUUCGGAUUUUGUCAUGUUUCCAUAGUACGUGGAACAUCCCUACAUUGAUCAAUCUCAUCGAGUUUUCACGUGGAACUGAGAAGAGACAAGGACUCUGUGUCUACGCUCUGCACCUUAUGGAGCUCUCUGAGAGGACAUCUGCAAUCCUUAUGGUCCAUAAGGCAAGAAAGAAUGGACUGCCUUUUUGGAAUAAGUUGCGGCAGCAUGAUACCAACCAAGUAGUUGUUGCUUUUGAGGCUUUCAGACAGCUGAACCGUGUUUUUAUUCGUCCAAUGACAGCAAUCUCAGCAAUGCAUGACAUGCAUGAAGAUAUCUGCCGCAGUGCUGAAAGGAAAAGGGCUGCAAUGAUAAUCCUCCCAUUCCACAAGCAUCAGAGAUUGGACGGGACAUUGGAGACAACUCGAAGCGACUUUCGUUGGGUCAAUAAGAGGGUCCUUGACCAUGCUCCAUGCUCAGUUGGGAUUUUGGUAGAUCGUGGGCUCGGUGGAGGCACUCAUGUAUCUGCAAGCAAUGUUUCAUCCACUGUGACAAUCUUGUUCUUUGGGGGACGUGAUGAUCGGGAAGCUCUUGCUUAUGGUGCGAGAAUGGCUGAGCACCCUGGAAUCAGUUUAAAUAUCGUACACUUCACAGCAAGCGAUGAUAUUAUGAGGCAGAUGGUGAAAAUUGAUAUUACUGAGGAAUCCAGCACUUCAUCAGAAUCAGCUGAUAAAACAUUUCUAGCUAGCUUUAAGAAGAGUUCAGAUGACAACUCCAUCAAAUUUGAAGAGAGAGAAGUGAGUAGUGCUAAAGAAAUUGUUGAAGUCGUUAAGGAGUUCAGUCGCUGCAAUCUGUUUGUUGUCGGUCGAAUGCCUGUGGGUCCUGUGGCCGCAACUUUGACCGAAAGGACCGAGUGUCCUGAACUGGGUCCUGUAGGCGACAUCUUGACUUGUAAUGAUUUGGCAACUUCAGCAUCUGUCCUGGUGGUGCAGCAAUAUAAUGGUUCAACAACUUCUCAAGCGGAUUCUAGCAGCUUCAAAAGGGUUGCAGAGUCGCCUGGGGAUGAUUCAGAUACUGUGUAGAUUAGCUCCUCUGUCUGUCAAAUAAACGGAAGAAAGAGGAGAAUAGAAGAGGAAGUUAGCAAAAUUAUCUUUUUGAAAAAUAAGAUUUAUUAAUUAUUUUUUCUUAUUUUU